UGUGCGUGUGCUGUGGCUUCUCCCCGUCUAUCUUUCUACGGCUCUACGUCGUGCGAAGUUCCACGACGUGAGCUUCACUCUGCUUGACCACCACGCCAAAUGGCUUCUGUCAACUCUAUGCCGGCUGCCAAUAGUGCACCCGGUAAUACCGUUAAUGCCUCCUCACAGAACUCUGGGGCUAGACCGUCAUUGAGGUCCAGCACCAACUCCAAGGCGGAUGGAGGUCGCCGUCAGUCGGGCAGUCCGCUCGAUGGAGGUCAGAGACGCAGCAACUCCCAGAAGGCUUGGACCCAAGGCAUGAACCCGAUUACCCAGAGAUCUUCGUAUUCGCAACAGAACGGAAAUACGGCGCAGAAACAGAACGCUGCCAUAAAACCAGCCUCCAAAGAAUCGAGCACACCUGAUAGCCAUGCCCAUGAUCGUCUCGUGUUCUUGGUUACCACCUUUAUUGGUCUGACCACUACCAUCACCACGAAAAACGGCGAUAAGUACACCGGAAUAUUCUCUUCGUCUUCUCUGGAGCCAAGCGAUUCAUCCUUCGUUCUGAAGAUGGUACAGCGCCUGACAAAGCAAGAGCAAAAUCGGACAAACGGAGUAAGCGACGCUACGACUCCGUUCCUUGGAUCGGCCCCGGAUCACAGUAUGUCGUUCGAUGUGAAAGAUGUAUUGGAUAUAUUUGUACCCAAUGUCUCUACAUCUGAUGUUACUGCGAAAGCAGCAAAUGGUGUCUCUUCUGGCUUCCGUACCGAUGUUGAUAUUUCUGGCAACCUUGCCAUGCGCGAGCGAACUCUGAAGCGUUGGGAGCCAUCUGCAGAGACCGAAGUGGACAUGUCCUUGGAAGCUGCGAACGCCUCAGCAGGCUGGGAUCAGUUUGAAGCCAAUGCACGAUUGUUUGGCGCCACUAGUAGUUAUGAUGAGAAUCUUUACACCACCCGGAUUGAUCGUUCCGACCCGACCUAUAAGCAAAAAGAAGCAGAGGCCGCUCGUAUUGCGCAAGAAAUCCAGAACACCGACGUUGACAAUGCGCAUAUGAAGGAAGAACGAGGACUGGUUGUGGCAGGGGAUGGUGGUGACGAGGAAGACAAGUACAGUGGCGUCCGACGUGAGGAGCGAACCUUCCCACCUCUUGUCUCUGGACAGCCAAACAAGUACAUGCCACCAGCUCGUCGCCAGGUCGCGGCUCAGACUGGUGCAAGCUCAAGGUCCUCCACUAGUACUGUGAAACCGGUACUGAAGGACGCGACGAACUCUGCCGUGCCACCAGCUAAAGAGAGUACACCAUCGCAACCAGCGCCUUCAGGUACAGCUGUCGAUGCUGUCCCGGACGCUGACAAGCCUGCUCCAGUCAAGCCGCCAUCAGCCGCGGGCGCCGCCCCGAAACGGACCGGUACGGAGAACGCUACCGCCAAUGUCGAAGCGGAAGUGCUCGAUCAUUUCCGCCAGUUCGCCAAUAGCGAGAAACAGAAGAUGCAAGAACGCCGCCGUAACCAAGCUUCCUAUGACCGGACAAUCAAACUCAAUGAAUUGAUGAAAUUUUCGAAGAAUUUCAAGCUAGCUACGCCAGUCCCCAAGGAUUUAGUGCCUAUUCUCGCCAAGGAUCCUCAUAAGCAGGAAGCCAUCAUCCAGAGAGCCCAACAACAGGCCGAGGAGAAGACAUCAACCAAGACGUCGCCGGAGUCUUCCGAGCAGAAACCGGUAACUCGUGCCACUGGCCCAGCUGGAACGGUACCGUCGGCGACACCGUCCGAUCGUCCGGCUUACCCUCGUAGUCGCCAGAUGUAUCCUCCAACGGGUCCCCAUGCAAGCCCUAGUGCACGAGCCCAACACCAAACCGUGAAUCCGGCUCGUCAGCCCACUGGAAUGCUCGGGCAUCGCCUAGCUGAUAACCUCCAGCAGCGUAAGGGUGCGGCGAUGGGGGCUGUUCCACCGCCUUUGCCCAUCCAUGACGUUCGCGUACCUCCAACUGGCCCAGCCGGUGAUCAGUCUGGAGUAACCAGCCCUAACAAAGUGCAAACACCGACAUCUGCAUCCACGAAAUUUAAUGUGAGGGCCCUAGAAUUCAAGCCGAACCCCGCCGCAAGCACAUUUACCCCUGGUGCUUCGUCCAGCUCGUCCCCCUUUGUUGGAGGCCGCACUGUUUCUCGCGCCGCCACCCCAUCCGCAUUCUUCGGUGGUAAGAAGCUACGGCCCAUCACCGAGCGUCCGUCUCUCAAGAACCAAUUCAAUCCUAUCAAGCGAAUGAAGAAGGAAAGCGCAGAGCAGACAGAGAAGCACUAUACUUUCAACGGAGGGAUCCCGCCAGCCUAUAAAACCCUUCCGACCUGGGACGUGGCUGCGGGCAAUGAAGAAAAGACUUAUCAGCAGAUGUUUAAGCCUCCUGUUACUGUUCCCGCUAUAUCUCCCCAGAACCGCUCGACUUCUAAUCCUCAGGCUCCUCAUCAACCUCCCAUACCUUUCCAGUUUCCCCAGACGGCUCCGGGUAUGCCUCCCGUUUCUGGGCCCCCUCACGGACCUCACCUGCAUCCUCAUGCGUCUGGCCCUCCUCACUUUGAUGACCCCCACCGUAUGCAAAUGUCUGCGUCUACCUCACAAGUCUUCCCAUCUCCUAGACUCCAACAUGGGUAUCCUUCCCCCAUGGCUCCCCCUGCACAGCUGGCAUUUGGACAGCCUAUGCCACAGUUUUACGUCAACCAAGGCGGCCCGCAGCCCGGUCAUAUGAGGCCCUAUCCUGGUGCUCCGCAGUUUAUGAACCCACAGGCCACCAUGGGCGCCCCUAUGAUGGUCCAGCAACCUUCCAGCGGUCCUUAUAUGGGCGUUCCCCAGGGUAUGACCCCUUACACGCCUCAGAUGCAAAUGUAUUCCCCAAAUCCGGGUCACGCGUACCCUCAACAUGCGCCCCCUCAGCCGCACAGUGGCUUCCCAAGCCCCAGUCGUGGUGCUCCCAUGAUGAUGCACCAAAACUCUCAACAGGGUCAGCCCCCACAGCCAAUGAUGUUCAUAUCACCUGGGCAGCAUGGACAGCCUGUCUACGCAGCCCAGCAGCCAGGUCACAUGCCUCCCGUCCGGGGUAACUAUCCACAUCAGCAGCCACACUUCCAGUCCAGCCCACAUCAGGUGCAUCACUAUCCGCCCCAUCAACAACGCACGCCAAGUAGCGGCUAUAAUCAAAUGCCUCAGAUGCCUCAAGUCCCUUCUCAACCACCGCCGGCUGCAGCAACGGGUCCUCAGCCGCCGGACGCCGCCGAUGAGGUGAAAUGAACUUGCAUGGAUUAUGCGCGAGACGCCAUCCUCCCCUUAGCUGAAUAACCUAAGGUAUAACCAAUGCCCCUCGUGUAUGGGCGUACUAGAUAC